AUGAGCGUUCAGGCAUUUGCCUCCUGGGUUCUGAGCCACACCAAGCCCCCCACCCCCUCUGCCUCCACACCUUACAGACAGCUCAAAAGACUACACUCCUCACAGGUACAGCUAAGCCCAUCUUGGGUCUAAUUCCCAUGUUGUAGCCUCUGUCUGAUGAAGGUCUCUGACCCGAAACAUCACAAUAUGUUCUACAAUAAACUAUUAUUAUUUGUAUAAGAGAGUGUCUCACCUCACCUUCUAAUCCGUGUUGUGUCCUGACAUGGGUACUGUACCGUCAAAUCCUUAUGCAUACAGAUAUAGGGCGGCAGGUAGCUUAGUGGUUAAGAGCGUUGUGCCAGUAACCGAAAGGUCGUUGGUUCUAAUCCCUGAGCCGACUAGGUGAAAAAUCUGUCGAUGUGCCCUUGAGCAAGGCACUUAACCCUAAUUGCUCCUGUAAGUCGCUCUGGAUAAGAGCGUCUGCUAAAUGACUAAAAUGUAAAUGUAAAAUGAUAUACAUGCCUCUGGUUAACAUAGUUUGGGGAUUUCUUUCAAACUCUUACUUGUCUACUUUAAAAAAAAAUGUUUUGUGGAGGAAAUGUUACAAUAUUUCCUGUUUUUGAGUCACUCUUGAACGAACACACAAAUGAACAAAUCAAUGUAUUUAUUAGACAAUUUGUCCGUCCCUGUCCGUCCUUGCAGCCGUUUGACGAGACGGGCCGGAGGACCAGCUGUAUGAGCAGCACUAUAAGGAUGUGUCUGUUCUCUACUCUGGACGAUGGGACAGGGUCCACUCCUGCCGAGGACGUCCUGGAUGUCUGGACGGAGGAGGGCAUCGAGAACAGCCCCGAGAUACUACAGGUGACACCAUUGUAUUGCCUAUCAGACCUCGGUUCAACUAGUUAGUCUUUUCAAAUACUUUGAGCGUUUUCUUAAGUCUGCCUGGAGUGCCAGAUAGGAGGGGUUUGCAGUUGCCUGGUCUGCAUGAUAUGCUACAGUACCCAUAAUGCUCUGUGUAGGAACAUAAUGGUGACCCAUAAUGCUCUGUUUGGAACAUAAUGGUGUCCCGUCUCCUUCCAAUACACUAUUUAACUCUCACACUUGAGUCAAGGUUUUUUACACUUGAGUGUAUUUUUUUUCUCCCCUAUUUUGAGAGCUUGAUAUGUUGACACUGAAUGAGUAUGUAUAUUUGUGCUGUAGGCCUUGGAUUUUGACCUGGAGGGUAAAGUGAACCUCUGUGAGCUGACUGUGGCUCUGGAGAACGAGCUCCUCGUGACCAAGAACGGGAUCCACCGGGCUGCACUGGCCAGCUUUAAGGCUGAGAUCCGAUACCUACUGUGAGUAUGAGGAGAUCUCUACACUGGUGUUUUAGGGUUGCAAAAUUCCGGUAACUUUUCCAAAAAUGUCCCGGUUUUCCAGAAUUCCCAGUUGGAAAAUUCCCAGAAUCAGGAGGGAGAAGGCAGGAAAUCCAGAACCUUCCAACCAGGAUUUCUGGAAAUCCUGUGAAUUUUGUGAAAACGACCGGAAUUUUCAAAUCAAUCAAGUUUAUUGGUCGCGUACACAUAUUUUGCAGAUGUUCUCGCAGGUGUAGCGAAAUGCUAAUGUUCCUAGCUCCAACAGUGGAGUAAUAAUAUUUUGAAUUGUGAAUUUUGCAACCCUAGUGCUAAUAAACAAUAUAUAAAUAAACAUACUGGAAUACACAUCCACACCAUACUCACACUUACUGUGAUGAGGAGAAAUCUACACUGCUGCUCCUAAUCUGAGUGGAAUAUAAAAACAUGCUUUUUCUCAGUCUCAUAUCUUUCAAAAUAGUAGAUCAGUUAUAGAACUAGAUCUCUGAUUAACUUGCUGAUUUAUUAUUUUUUUUUUUCAGUGAGCGUGUCGAUCGUGAGUGCAGAGAGAAAGAUAAGGUUCGUUCUGACCUGGAGAAAACGGAGAAGUUAAAAACCCAGCUGGCUACUGAGGUGGACGAGCAUCACUCUGCCAUCCAACGAAUGAAUGACCUCAACCUCAGGUAAUAUUCCCCUCCUUUUCCCCCUCCCUCUGUUCUGACUAGGACCUCCUCGACCCUUUCAUUGAUGGCUGUUGGUGUUGUUUCGUUUGUAUUAUAUGUGGAGUAUAUUACUUGUAACCUGGAAAUGUCUUUCUUAAAUGGCCCUGUGGGGAUAAAUAAAGAUUUUAUAAAUAAUGUUGAAUUAAAUUGAAUCGAAUGGGGCCUCCCGAGUGGUGCAGCGGUCUAAGGUACUGCAUCGCAGUGUUGCGGCAUCAAUACAGACCCGGGUUCGAUCCCAGGCUGUGUCAUUACAGGCCGUGACCGGGAGUCCCAUAGGGCGGCGCACAAUUGGCCCAGCGUCGUCCGGGUUAGGGGAGGGUUUGGCCCGGGGGGGGGCUUUACUUGACUCAUUGCGCUCUAGUGACUCAUUGUGGCAGGCCGGGCGCCUGCAGGCGUUGGCCGUGGGGGGCUUUACUUGACUCGACCUUCGCCUCUCCCGAGCCCGUUGGAGUUGCAGUGAUGAGACAAGAUCAUAAUCACGAAAUUGGGGAAAAAAAAGGGGGUAAUACUUACAAAACAUAAUAAUAAUAAUACACUGAAUCGAAUGGAAGGGAGUCAAAUGAAAUGGAAUCAAAUCAAAUGGAAUUGAAUAUGUUUUUCCCUGUGUGUUUGUUCUGCAGGAAGCUGGAGCAGGAACACCGGGAGAAGCUGGCGUCUGUCAGGUCGGAGCUCGUUAAAGAGAUGGACCAGAUACAGCAGCAGGCUGGUCUGCAGAGAGAGGAACUGGAGGCAGAGAUGGAGAAGAUCAGAGACGACGAGACCUUCCUCAGAGACCACCUCUCACUCACCGUCAAGGUAACUAACACAGACCACCUCUCACUCGCCGUCAAGGUAACUAACACAGACCACCUCUCACUCACUGUCAAGGUAACUAACACAGACCACCUCUCACUCACUGUCAAGGUAACUAACACAGACCACCUCUCACUCGCUGUCAAGGUAACUAACACAGACCACCUCUCACUCACUGUCAAGGUAACUAACACAGACCACCUCUCACUCACUGUCAAGGUAACUAACACAGACCACCUCUCACUCCUUUCAAGGUAACUAACACAGACCACCUCUCACUCGCCGUCAAGGUAACUAACACAGACCACCUCUCACUCACUGUCAAGGUAACUAACACAGACCACCUCUCACUCGCUGUCAAGGUAACUAACACAGACCACCUCUCACUCACCGUCAAGGUAACUAACACAACCACCUUCUCAUCACUUCGUUAACCAAACAGACACCUCUCAUCACUGUCAGGUAACUAACACAGACACUCUCACUCCCGUCAAGGUAACUAACACAGAGCACCUCUCACUCACUGCAAUGGUAAUAACAGACCCCUUCACUCACUGUCAAGGUACAACACAGACACCUCUCACUCACGUCAAGGAACUAACACAGAACACCUCUCACUCCCGUCAAGGUACUAACCAGACCACCUCUCACCCGUCAAGGUAAAUAACACAACCUUCACUCACCGUCAAGGUACUAAAACAACUCUCACUCGCUGUCAAGGUAACUAACACAGACCACUUCAUCCACCGUCAAGGUAACAACACAGACACCUUCACUCACUGUCAAGGUAACCCACCAGAACACAUCUCAUCACCGCAAGGUAACUAACAAGGACACCUCACACUGUCAGUACCCAGACACGGACCACCUCACUCAUGUCAAGGAACUAAAGACCACCCUCACCAUUCAAGGUACCAACACAGACCACAUCUCACUCAUGUCAGUAACAACACAGACCACCUCUCACUCACCGCAGGUACCAACAAGACACUCUCACUAUGUCAAGGUAAACUAACACAGACCACCUCUCACUCAUGUAAGGUAACCCAACACAGACCACCUCUCACUCACUGUCAAGGUAACUAACACAGACCACCUCUCACUCACUGUCAAGGUAACUAACACAGACCACCUCUCACUCACUGUCAAGGUAACUAACACAGACCACCUCUCACUCGCCGUCAAGGUAACUGCAAGCACAACCAGAACUGUGUUAGUGAAUAUGUUUGAUGUACUGCUAAAUAGCAAAUGGAAAGAGUUCUGCUGUUGCCAAAUAGAUGACAGUCUAUUCUAAAUGAAUAGAAGAGAGGAUCGGAUAGCUGGUUGGUCUGGGUGUCUCAGGACAGCAGGCGUCUGUAGAUGGAGCCGCUGGACAGCACUGAUAAACUGGUGUCUUCCCCCUAACCCCAACUCUAACCCCACUGAUAUUUUCAACCUACACCUGACCCGGUCUGUAAAACUAACUUGUUUCAAGUAGACCACCAUAGUCCCCGUUCCCAAGAACGCCAUGGUAACCUGCCUAAAUGACUAUCGCCCCUAGCACUCACAUCUGUAGCCAUGAAAUGCUUUGAAAGGCUGGUCAUGGCUCACAUCAACACCAUCAUCCCAGACACCCUGGACCCACUCCAAUUCGCAUACCACCCCAACAGAUCCACAGAUGAUGCAAUCUCUAUUGCACUCCACACUGCCCUCACCCACCUGGUCAAAAGGAAUACCUAUGUAAGAAUGCUGUUCAUUGACUAUAGCUCUGCAUUCAACACCAUAGUCCCCUCCAAGCUCAUCACCAAGCUAAGGACCCUGGGACUGAAGACCUCCCUCUGCAACUGGAUCCUGGACUUCCUGACGUGCCGCCCCCAGGUGGUGAGGGUAGGCAACACCUCCGCCACACUGACCCUCAACACGGUGGCCCCUCAGGGGUGCGUGCUUAGUCCCCUCCUGUACUCCCUGUUCACCCACCACUGAGUGGCCUCACAUGACUCCAACACCAUCAUCAAGUUUGCUGACGACACGACGGUGGUAGGCCUGAUCACCGACGACAAUGAGACAGCCUACAGGGAGGAGGUCAGGGACCUGGCCGUGUGGUGCCAGGACAACAACCUCAAUGUCAGCAAGACAAAGGAGCUGAUCAUGGACCACAGGAAACGGAAGGACGGGUACGCCCCCAUUCACAUCUGUAGUGGAGCGGGUCGUGAGCUUCCAGUGCCCCGGUGUCCACAUCACUAAGGAAUUAUGAUGGUCCACAUACACCCACACAGUUGUGAAGAGGGUACGACAGCGCCUCUUCCCCCUUAGGAGGCUGACAAGAUUUGGCAAUGGCCCUCAGAUCCUCAAAAAGUUUUACAGCUGCACCAUUGAGAGCAUCUUGACUGGCUGCAUCACCGCCUGGUACAGCAAGGCCUCCGACAGCAAGGCGCUACAGAGGGUGGUGCGUACGGCCCAGUACAUCACUGGGGCCGAGCUUCCUGCCAUCUAGGACCUCUAUACCAGGCGGUGUCAGAGGAAGGUCAAAAUAAAUUGUCAGGCUCCAGCCACCCAAGCCGUAGACUGUUCUCCCUGAUACCAGCUGGAACCAGCAGGACCCUGAACACCUUCAACCCCCAAGCCAUAACACUGCUACAAUGACACACACACACACACUACAUGCGCCCACAUGCAUACUGACGCCACACACACACGUUCACAUUCACCACAUACGCUGCUGCUACUAUCUAUUAUCUAUCCUGUUGUCUAGUCACUUUACCCCUAUCUACAGUAUACUGCUGCUACUGUCUAUUAUCUAUCCUGUUGCCUAGUCACUUUACCCCUACCUACAGUAUACUGCUGCUACUGUCUAUUAUCUAUCCUGUUGUCUAGUCACUUUACCCCUACCUACAGUAUACUGCUGCUACUGUCUAGUAUCUAUCCUGUUGUCUAGUCACUUUACCCCUACCUACAGUAUACUGCUGCUACUGUCUAUUAUCUAUCCUGUUGUCUAGUCACUUUACCCCUACCUACAGUAUACUGCUGCUACUGUCUAUUAUCUAUCCUGUUGUCUAGUCCCUUUACCCCUACCUACAGUAUACUGUGCUACAGCUCAGUCUAUUAAUCUAUCCUGUUGCCUAGUCACUUUACCCCUACCUACAGUAUACUGCUGCUACUGUCUAUUAUCUAUCCUGUUGUCUAGUCCCGUUACCCCUACCUACAGUUACUGCGGCUACUGUCUAUUAUCUAUCCUGUUGUCUAGUCCCUUUACCCCUACCUACAGUAUACUGCUGCUACUGUCUAUUAUCUAUCCUGUUGCCUAGUCCCUUUACCCCUACCUACAGAUACUGCUGCUACUGUCUAUUAUCUAUCCUGUUGGUCUAGUCACUUUACCCCUACCUACAGUAUACUGCUGCUACUGUCUAUUAUCUAUCCUGUUGUCUAGUCCCUUUACCCCUACCUACAGUAUACUGCUGCUACUGUCUAUUAUCUAUCCUGUUGUCUAGUCACUUUACCCCUACCUACAGUAUACUGCUGCUACUGUCUUUUAUCUAUCCGUUGUCUAGUCACUUUACCCCUACCUACAGUAUACUGCUGCUACUGUCUAUUAUCUAUCCUGUUGUCCUAGGUCACUGCGUUUUAUACCAACAGCUGACCGGUUACAUGAUACUGCGGCUAACUGUCUAGUAUCUAUCCUGUUGUCUAGUCACUUUACCCCUCACCUACAUGUAUACUGCUGCUACUGUAUAACUUAUCUAUACCUGUUUGUCUUAGUUCCAUUUUAACUCUAUCUAAUAUGUACAUAUCUACCUCGAAUUACCUUGUAACCAUGCCACAUUGGACUCGGUACUUGGUACUCCCUGUAUAUAGCCAUGGUAUUACCUUGGUUAGCUCCCCCUGUAUAUAGCCAUGGUAUUACCUGGUACUCCCUGUAUAUCGAGCCAUGGUAUUGACCUGGUAUUCUCUCCCUGUGAUAUAGCCAUGGUAUUACCUGAGUACUCCCUGUAUAUAGCCAUGUUAUUACCUGGUACUCCCCUGGUAUUGCCAUGGUAUUACCUGGUACUUCCUGUAUAUAGCCCAUGGUAUUUACCUGGGUACUCCCUGUACUAUAGCCAUGUUAUUACCUGGUACUCCCUGUAUAUAGCCAUGGUAUUACCUGGUACUUCCUGUAUAUAGCCAUGGUAUUACCUGGUACUUCCUGUAUAUAGCCAUGGUAUUACCUGAUACUUCCUGUAUAUAGCCAUGGUAUUACCUGGUACUUCCUGUAUAUAGCCAUGUUAUUACCUGGUACUCCCUGUAUAUAGCCAUGGUAUUUUUCCUUGUUACUGUUAUUCACUGUGUAUUUAUUCCUUCUGUCACUUUCUAUUUUUAUUGUAUUUUUUAUCUUUAACUUUCCAUCGUUGGCUAAGGACCCGUAAGUACGUUUAAAAAAAAAACAUUUAUUUGAACCCUCUCCCACACACUCACCUUAACCCUCACUCUAACUUCAGAAGAUGGAGCUGCUGGACAGCACUGAAAAACUGGUGAUCUGUGUCUCCCUCACCCCAACUCUAACCUAACCCCAACUCUAACCUAACCCCAACUUUAACCUAACCCUCACUCUAACUUCAGGAGAGUAGGCGUCUGGAGAUGGAGCUGCUGGACAGCACUGAAAAACUGGUGAUCUGUGUCUCCCUCACCCCAACUCUAACCUAACCCCAACUCUAACCUAACCCCAACUCUAACCUAACCCCAACUCUAACCUAACCCCAACUCUAACCUAACCCCAACUCUAACCCCAACUCUAACUCUAACCCCAACUCUAACUCUAACCCUCACUCUAACUUCAGGAGAGUAGGCGUCUGGAGAUGGAGCUGCAGGACAGGACUGAGAAACUGGUGGAGGCAGAAAGCCAAGUCCGCAAACUGCAGAGGAAUCUGGAUAACAUCCUGAAGGAAAAGGUAAAAGACCAUUCUCUCCUACAAUAUUGUGUAUUGACAUUAACUUCCAGCCAAAACAGCAGUCGUAAAGAGCACGUUUCAAGAAUAUACAGUACCAGUCAAAAGUUUGGACACACCUACUCAUUCCAGUUUUUUUUUUUUUUGUACUAUUUCCUAUAUUGUAGAAUAAUAGUGAAGACAUCAAAACUAUAAAAUAACACAUAUGGAAUCAUGUAGUAACCAAAAAAGUGUUAAAUAAAUCUAAAUAUAUUUGAGAUUCUUCAAAGUAGCCACCCUUUGCCUUGAUGACAGCUUUGCACAUGAGGAAUGCUUUUCCAACAGUCUUGAAGGAGUUCCCACAUAUGCUGAGCACUUGUUGGCUGCUUUUCCUUCACUCUGCAGUCCAACUCAUCCCAAACCAUCUCAAUUGGGUUGAGGUCGGGUGAUUGUGGAGGCCAGGUCAUCUGAUGCAGCACUCCAUCACUCUCCUUCUUGGUAAAAUAGCCCUUGCACACCCUGGAGGUGUGUUUUGGGUCAUUGUCCUGCUAAAAAACAAAUUACCUCCCACUAAGCGCAAACCAGAUGGGAUGGUGUAUCGCUGCAGAAUGCUGUGGUAGCCAUGCUGGUUAAGUGUGCCUUGAAUUCUAAAUAAAUCACUGACAGUGUCACCAGCAAAGCAUCAUCACACCACCUCCUCCAUGCUUCACGGUGGAAACCACACAUGUGGAGAUCAUCCGUUCACCUACUCUGCGUCUCACAAAGACCCGGUUGGAACCAAAUAUCUCAAAUAUGGACUCAUCAGACCAAAGGACAGAUUUCCACCGGUCUAAUGUCCAUUGCUCGUGUUUCUUGGCCCAAGCAAGUCUCUUCUUCUUAUUGGUGUUCUUUAGUAGUGGUUUAUUUGCAGCAAUUCGACCACGAAGGCCUGAUUCACGCAGUCUCCUCUGAACAGUUGAUGUUGAGAUAUGUCUGUUACUUGAAUUCUGUGAAGCAUUUAUUUGGGCUGCAAUUUUUGAGGCUCGUAACUCUAAUGAACUUAUCCUCUGCAGCAGAGGUAACUCUGGGUCUUCCUUUCCUGUGGCGGUCCUCAUGAGAGCCAGUUUCAUCAUAGCGCUUGAUGGUUUUUGUGACUGCACUUGAAGAAACUUUCAAAGUUCUUGAAAUCUUCCGGAUUGACUGACCUUCAUGUCUUAAAGUAAUGAUGGAUUGUCGUUUCUCUUUGCUUAUUUGAGCUGUUCUUGCCAUAAUAUGGACUUGGUCUUUUACCAAAUAGGGCUAUCUUCUGUAUACCACCCCUACCUUGUCACAACACAACUGAUUGGCUCAAACGCAUUAAGAAGGAAUGAAAUUCCACAAAUUAACUUUAACAAGGCACACCUGUUAAUUGAAAUGCAUUCCAGGUGACUAACUCAUGAAGCUUGUUGAGAGAAUGCCAAGAGUGUGCAAAGCUGUCAUCAAGGCGAAGGGUGGCUAUUUGAAGAAUUUCAAAUAUAAAAUAUAUUUUGAUUUGUUUAACACUUUUUUGGUUACUACAUGAUUCCAUAUGUGUUAUUUAAUAGUUUCGAUGUCUUCACUAUUAUUCUACAAUGUAGAAAAUAGUAAAAAAAUAAAGAAAAACCCUUGAAUGAGUAGGUGUGUCCAAACUUUUGACUGGUACCGUAGUAGAUCUCCAUAGUAAUCUGAUGUCACACGUUUUUCAGUACUGGCUAAUGGAAUGAGGAUCUAUAUCUGUCCCUAUGAACCCCUUGGUGUUGGUUCUGUUUGCUCAGUUUGGGGACCUGGACCUGGACCCAGGCGGUGCAGAGUUCUUCCUACAGGAGGAGCGGCUCAGACGGCUACGCAGCAGCUAUGAGGAACAGUGCCGGGUAAGUGUGCUUACUGGAAACAGACGUGUGCACGCACACACACACACACACACACACACACAGACAGACAGACAGACAGACAGACAGACAGACAGAGACACAGACACAGACAGAGAGACAGAGAGACAGAGAGACAGAGAGACAGAGAGACAGAGACACAGACACAGACACAGACACAGACAGAGACAGAGACAGAGACAGAGACAGAGACACAGACACAGACAGACGCAGGACACAGGAGUAGACAAGAAGCAGUGCCGGGUAGUAGCUCUCACUGGAACCAAUCAUUCAACUAAUCAUUAAAACUAUCUAUCUAUCAACUAACUUCAGAGGUAGGUUGCCUGUUUUUUUUUAAAAUACUAAUAUUUCUGUUUUGACUGAUUUUAUUGUGAAUUUGUGUGUUUGUUUGUGGCAGGAGCUGCAGGAUCGCAUCGAUGAGCUUCAAGCAGAGCUGCAGGAGUACCACAAACUGGGUCGCACCACUAGGCCCUGUCUCAAACCCUCGCUCUCUGAGGAGCUGGGGAGCAAGAGUCCUGGCAUGGAGUCAGACCCAGGUACAUUGAAGCAAAACAUCGGUUUGAACUCAUUCAGCAUUGGGGGGGGGGUAACUUUGAGCAAGGUGAUGUGCGUACAUGUUGCAUUCUAAAUGGCAACCACUAUUCCUAUAUGUAUUGGACUUCAGUAUUUUGCAGACCUUAUAGAUAACCCAACACAGGACCACCUCUCACUCACUGGCAAGGUAACUAACACAGACCACCUCUCACUCACUGUCCAAGGUAACCCAACACAGACCACUUCUCACUCAUGUCAAGUAAUAACACAGACACCUAUCACUCACCGUCAAGGUAACCCAACACAGACCACCUCUCACUCAUGUCAGGUAACUAACACAGACCACUCUAACUCACGUCAGGGUAACCCAACCAACAGACCACCUCUCACUCACUGUCAAGGUAAUAAAACAGACCCACUCUCACUUCAUGUCAAGGUAACUAACACAGACACCUCUCAAUCAAUGUCAAGGUAACUAACACAAGACCAACCUCUCACUCGCCCGGUCAAGGUAACUACACAGACCACCUCUCACUCACUGUCAAGGUUUAGCAGCAAGCCCAACAGACCUGUGUUAAGUGAAUAUUGUUUGAUGGUACUGCGAAUAGCAAAAUGGAAAGAGUUUCUGAUGUUGCCAAAAUAGAUGACAGUCUAUUCUAAAUGAAUAGAGAGAGGGAUCGGAUAGAUGGUUGGUCUGUGGGUGUCUUCAGGACCAGCAGAGUCUGUAGAUUGAGCCGCUGGACGCCACUGAUAAAAAUGGUGUCGUCUCCCCCUAACCCAACUCUAACCCACUGAUAUUUUCAACCUACACCUGACACGGUAUGUAAAACUAACUUGUUUAAAGUAGACACCAUAGUCCCCGUUCCCUAAGAACGCCACAAGAACGCCCUGGUAAACUUUGCCUAAAUGACUACCGCACAUAGCACUCGCAUCUGUAGCCAUUAAAGGAUGAAUCAUGGAUCACAUUAAACACAAGCAUCCGAGACACCCUGGACCCACUCAAUUAACAUACCAUCACCAACAGAUCCAUCUCAGAGUGAUGCAAUCUCUAUUGCACUAACCACUGCCCUCACCCACCUGAGUCAAAAGGCAUACCAUGUAAGAAUGUGUUUCAUUGACUAUAGCUCUGCAUUUUCAACACCAUAGUGCCACUCCAAGCCUCAUUCACCCAAAGCUAAGGACCCUGGGACUGAAGGCCUCCCUCCUAUGCAACUGGAUCCUGCCGACUCCUGACGGCCGCCCCCCCAGGUGGCGCCCCCCCAGGGUGGUGAGGGUAGGCAAAACCUCGAGCCACACUGACCUCAACCCGGUGGCCCCUCAGGGGUGGUGCUUAGUCCCCUGUACUCUCUGUCACCCACCACGAGUGGCCUCACAUGCACUCCAAAACACCAUCAUCAAGUUGCUGACAAACGACCGGUGUAGGCCUGAAUCACCGGACGACAAUGAGACAGCCUACAGGGAGGAGGUCAGGGACUGGCCGUGUGGUGCAGGACAAAAAACCUCAAUGUCAGCAAGACAAAAGGAGUGAUCAUGGACCACGGAAACGGAAAGGAAGGGUACGCCCCAAUUCACAUCUGUAGGGGCCAGCGGGUCAAGAGCUUCAGUUCCCCGGUGUCACCUCACUAAGGAAUAUGAUGGUCCACAUACACCAACACAGUUGUUGUAGAGGCACUACGGACAGGCCUUUCCCCCUUAGGAGGAUGACAAGAUUUGGCAGGGCCCCUAGAUCCUCAAAAUGUUCUACAGCUCCACCAUUGAGAGAUUCUUGGGAUGGUGCAUCACCGCCUGGUACAGCAAGGCCUCCGACAGCAAGGCGCUUAAGAGGGUGGGCGUAUGGCCCAGUACAUCACUGGGGCCGAGCUUCCUUGCCAUCUAGGACCUCUAUACCAGGCGGUGUCAGGAGGAAGGUCAAAAUACAUUGUCAGGCUCCAGCCACCCAAGCCCAUAGACUGUUCUCCCUGAUACCCGGCUGGAACCAGCAGGGACAUGAAACCUUCAACCCCCCAAGCCCAUAACACUGCCUACAAUGACACUACACACACACACUACAUGCGCCCACUCCACAUUACAUGCGCCCAAUGCAUGCUGACGCCACACAACACACAUUCACAUCUCACAACAUACGCUGCUGCCUAAGUCUAUUAUCUAUCCUGCUGUCUAGUCACUUUUACCCCUACCAUACCGUAUAUGCUGCUACUGCUAUUAUCUAUCAUGUCUAGUCACUUACCCCUACCUACAGUUACUGCUGCUUACUGUCUAUUAAUAUAUCCUGUUGUUGUAUAGUCACUUUACCCCUACUUACAGUAUAAUGAUGCUCGGUCAUUUCUAUCCUGUUUGUCUAGUCCCUUUUACCCAUACCUACAGAUACUGCUGAUACUGUAUAUUAUUCUAUCGUUGUUCUAGUCCUUUACCCCACCUACGUAUACUGCUGCUACUGUCUAUUAUCUUCCUGUGGCUAGUCACUUUACCCCGACCUACAGUAUACUGCUCUACUGUCUUAUAAUCAUAUUCCUGUUGUAUAGUCCCUUUACCCUAUAUAAUAUGUUACAUAUCUACCUCAAUUACCUUGUAACCCUUGCACAUUACAUUGACUCGGUUUGUACUGGUACUCCAUGAUAUAGGCCAUGGUAUUACUGGUACUCCCUGUAUAUACAUGGUCAUUAACUGGUACUUCCUGUAUAUAGCCAUGGUAAUUACCUGGUACUCCCUGUUAUAGCCAUGUAUUACAUGGUACUCACUGUAUAUAGCCAUGGUAUUACCGGGGUUACUCCCUGAUAUAGCCAUGGUAUUACCUGGUAUCCCUGUAUAUAGCCGGUAUUACCUGGUACUCCUGUUUGAUAUAGCCAUGUAUACCUGGGAUCCCUGUAUAUAGCCAUGGUAUAACUGCGUACUCACUUGUAUAUAGCAUGGUAUUAAUGGACUUCCUGUAUAUAGCCAUGGUAUACCUGGUACUUCCUGUAUAUAGACAUGGUAUUACCCUGGUACUCCCUUGUAUAUAGCCAUGGUAUCUACCUGGGACUCCCUGUAUAAGCCAUGGUAUUACCUGGGUACUCCCUGUUAUAGCCAUGGUAUUACCUGGUACUUCCGUUGUAUAUAGCCAUGGUAUUACCUGGUACUCCCUGUAUAUAGCCCAUGUAUACCUGGUAUCCCUGUAGAUAAGCCAUGGUAUUCCUGGUACGCCCUGUAUAUAGCCAUGUAUUACCUGGUACUCCCUGUAUAUAGCCCAUGGUAUUACCUGUACUCCCUGUAUAUAGCCAUGGUAUUACUCGGUACUUCCGGUAUAUAGCCAUGGUAUUACCUGGUACUUCCUGUAUAUAGCCCAUGGUAUUACCUGGUACUUCCCUGUAUAUAGCCAUGGUAUUUUUCCUUGUUACUGUUAUUCACUGUGUAUUUAUUCCUUCUGUCACUUUCUAUUUUUAUUGUAUUUUUUAUCUUUAACUUUCCAUCGUUGGCAAAGGACCCGUAAGUACGUUUUAAAAAAAACAUUUAUUUGAACCCUCUCCCACACACUCACCUUAACCCUCACUCUAACUUCAGAAGAUGGAGCUGCUGGACAGCACUGACAAAACUGGUGAUCUGUGUAUCCCUCACACCCAAACUCUAACCUAACCCCAACUCUAACCUAACCCCAACUCUAACCUAACCCCAAGGAGAGUAGGCGUCUGGAGAUGGAGCUGCUGGACAGGACUGAGAAACUGGUGGAGGCAGAAAGCCAAGUCCGCAAACUGCAGAGGAAUCUGGAUAACAUCCUGAAGGAAAAGGUAAAAGACCAUUCUCUCCUACAAUAUUGUGUAUUGACAUUAACUUCCAGCCAAAACAGCAGUCGUAAAGAGCACGUUUCAAGAAUAUACAGUACCAGUCAAAAGUUUGGACACACCUACUCAUUCCAGUUUUUGUUUUGUUUUUUGUACUAUUUCCUACAUUGUAGAAUAAUAGUGAAGACAUCAAAACUAUAAAAUAACACAUAUGGAAUCAUGUAGUAACCAAGAAAGUGUUAAAUAAAUCUAAAUAUAUUUGAGAUUCUUCAAAGUAGCCACCCUUGCUUGAUGACAGCUUUGCACAUGAGGAAUGCUUUUCCAAACAGUCUUGAAGGAGUUCCAACAUAUGCUGAGCACUUGUUGGCUGCUUUUCCUUCACUCUGCAGUCCAACUCAUCCCCAAACCAUCUCAAUUGGGUUGAGGGUCGGGGGAUUGUGGAGGCCAGGUCAUCUGAUGCAGCACUCCAUCAACUCUCCUUCUUGGUAAAAUAGCCCUUGCACACCCUGGAGGUGUGUUUUGGAUCAUUGUCCUGCUAAAAAACAAAUUACAGUCCCACUAAGCGCAAACCAGAUGGGAUGGUGUAUCGCUGCAGAAUGCUGUGGUAGCCAUGCUGGUUAAGUGUGCCUUGAAUUCUAAAUAAAUCACUGACAAUGUCACCAGCAAAGCAUCAUCACACCACCUCCUCCAUGCUUCACGGUGGAAACCACACAUGUGGAGAUCAUCCGUUCACCUACUCUGCGUCUCACAAAGACACGGUUGGAACCAAAUAUCUCAAAUAUGGACUCAUCAGACCAAAGGACAGAUUUCCACCGGUCUAAUGUCUAUUGCUCGUGUUUCUUGGCCCAAGCAAGUCUCUUCUUCUUAUUGGUGUCGUUUAGUAGUGGUUUAUUUGCAGCAAUUCGACCACGAAGGCCUGAUUCACGCAGUCUCCUCUGAACAGUUGAUGUUGAGAUGUGUCUGUUACUUGAAUUCUGUGAAGCAUUUAUUGGCCUGCAAUUUCUGAGGCUGGUAACUCUAUGAACUUAUCCUCUGCCAGCAGAGGUAAACUCUGGGUCUUCCUUUCUGUGGCGGGUCCUCAUGAGAGCAGUUUCAUCAUAGCGCUUGAUGGUUUUUGUGACUGCACUUGAAGAAACUUUCAAAGUUCUUGAAAUCUUCCGGAUGGACUGACCUUCAUGUUCUUAAAGUAAUGAUGGAUUGUCGUUUCUCUUUGCUUAUUUGAGCUGUUCUUGCCAUAAUAUGGACUUGGGUCUUUUACCAAAUAGGGCUAUCUUCUGUCUACCACCCCAUACCUUGUCACAAACAACUGAUUGGCUCAAACGCAUUAAGAAGGACAUGAACUUCCACAAAUUAACUCUUAACAAGGCACACUGUUAAUUGAAAUGCAUUCCAGGUGACUAACUCAUGAAGCUUGUUGAGAGAAUGCCAAGAGUGUGCAAAGCUUGUCAUCAAGGCGAAGGGUGGCUAUUUGAAGAAUUUCAAAUAUAAAAUAUUAUUUUGAUUUGUUUAACACUUUUUUGGUUACUACAUGAUUCCAUAUGUGUUAUUUCAUAGUUUUGAUGUCUUCACUAUUAUUCUACAAUGUAGAAAAUAGUAAAAAAAUAAAGAAAAACCCUUGAAUGAGUAGGUGUGUCCAAACUUUUGACUGGUACCGUAGUAGAUCUCCAUAGUAAUCUGAUGUCACACGUUUUUCAGUACUGGCUAAUGGAAGGAGGAUCUAUAUCUGUCCCUAUGAACCCCUUGGUGUUGGUUCUGUUUGCUCAGUUUGGGGACCUGGACCCAGGCGGUGCAGAGUUCUUCCUACAGGAGGAGCGGCUCAGACGGCUACGCAGCAGCUAUGAGGAACAGUGCCGGGUAAGAACGCUUACUGGAAACAGACGUGUGCACACAGACACGUACGCAGACGCACACACACACACACACACAGACACACACACACACACACACACACAGACAGACAGACACACAGACACAGACAGACAGACAGACAGACAGACAGACACAGACAGACACAGACAGACAGACAGACACAGAGACACAGACACAGAGACACACAGAGACACACAGAGACACACAGAGACACAGACAGACAGAGACACACAGAGACACACAGAGACACACAGAGACACACCAGAGACACACAGAGACACACAGAGACACACAGAGACACACAGAGACACACAGAGACACAGACCGCCAGACAGACAGAAGUAGAUAAGAAGCAGUGCCGGGUAAUAGCUCUCACUGGAACCAUCAUUCAACUAAUCAUUAAAACAAUCAAUCUAUCAACUAACUUCAGAGGUAGGUUGCCUGUUUUUUUUUUUAUACUAAUAUUUCUGUUUUGACUGAUUUUAUUGUGAAUUUGUGUGUUUGUUUGUGGCAGGAGCUGCAGGAUCGCAUCGAUGAGCUUCAAGCAGAGCUGCAGGAGUACCACAAACUGGGUCGCACCACUAGGCCCUGUCUCAAACCCUCGCUCUCUGAGGAGCUGGGGAGCAAGAGUCCUGGCAUGGAGUCAGACCCAGGUACAUUGAAGCAAAACAUCGGUUUGAACUCAUUCAGCAUUGGGGGGGGGGGGGGUGGUUGUAACUUUGAGCAAGGUGAUGUGCGUACAAGUAGCAUCCUAAAUGGCACCCUAUUUCCUAUGUAGUGCACUUCUUUAGACCAGAGAAUGGCACCCUAUUUCCUAUGUAGUGCACUUCUUUUGACCUUAUAGAUGCAUCUCUUAUGUCCAGAUAACCCGCAAACGUCUUCUCGGAAAGUCAUAAGGGCGUCUGGGGAUAUCUGUUUGAGCAAGGCAAGAUGUAGAAUCUCUAAUCUUGAUCACGUAGUGAGUAGUUUAUUGGAUGCAAGGUGAUUUUUAAAGAUCAGUGAUUUUGCCCGGUACAACAGCAAUGUUGUCAAGGCUGAGGUGUAUGAUGUGUGGAAGUCAGGCGCAGGACACCGAAGCUUAGUCCAACAAAGUUUACUGUGAAAAACCACCAGGCAAGGAUACAGUAAACGGCCUCAACAAAACAGAGGCGAGCAAUACGCAAAACUAUGCGUAUAACAAAUAAACAAAAAAAAAACAGAUACAAAAACACGCAGCACUACGGACAGGCGAAAAACAACACACAAUCUAACCAAUGCAAAAACAGGGAACUUAUAGGACACGUAAUCAGACACAAACGGACACAGGUGUAAAAGACAGACCAAAGCAAUCACACCAAGAAACAUUCAACGGUGGGCAGCUAGUACUCCGGGGACGGCGAACGCCGAAGCCUGCCCGAACCAGGAGGAGGAGCAGUCUCGGCAGAAUCCGUUGACAGUACCCCCCCCUUGAACGCGCGGGCUCCAGCCGUUGCGCCGACCCCGGCCUCGGGGACGGCCAGGAGGACGCGGACCCGGGCGCGUGGGAUGCCCACGGUGGAACUCAGUCAGGAGGGACGGAUCUAGGAUGUCCCUCCUAGGCACCCAGCACCGUUCCUCCGGACCGUACCCCUCCCACUCCACGAGAUAUGGAGACCACUCAUCCGGCGCCUCGAGUCCAAGAUGGUCCGGACCCCUGUACGCCGGGGGCCCCCCUCGAUGUCCAAAGGGGGCGGAGGGGUCUCUCCUAUCUCAUCUUCUUGGAGUGGGCCAGCCACCACCGGCCUGAGAAGAGGACGCAUGGAACGAGGGGUUAAUAUUCUUGUAUCAAUAGGCAGUUGUAACCUGUAACACACCUCGUUCAAUCUUCUCAGGACUUUAAAGGGCCCCACAACCGCCGACCCAGCUUCCGGCAGGGCAGGCGGAGGGGCAGGUUUCGAGUCGAGAGCCAGACUCGAUCUCCCGGUGCGUACACCGGUCCCUCACUGCGGUGGCGAUCGGCGCUCGCCUUUUGUUGACGGAUGGCCCGCUGCAGAUGGACAUGGGCAGCGUCCCACGUCUCCUCCGAGCGCCGAAUCCACUCGUCUACCGCAGGGGCCUCGAUCUGGCUCUCGUGCCAUGGUGUCAGGACCGGCUGAUACCCUAAAACACACUGGAAAGGUGUUAAAUUGGUGGAGGAGUGGCGGAGAGAGUUCUGGGCCAUCUCUGCCCAGGGGAUAUACCUAGACCACUCCUUUCGGCCGGUCCCCGGCAAUAGGACCUCAGAAACCUACCCACAUCCUGGUUGACGUCGUUCAACCUGCCCAUUGCUCUCUGGGUGGUACCCCAAGGUAAGGCUUACCGAGACCCCCAAGCGUUCCAUGAACGCCCCCCCAAACUCUGGAGGUGAACUGGGGACCUCGGUCAGACACAAUAUCCUCGGGGGACCCCAAUAGUGCCGGAACACGUGGGUAAAUAGGGGCCUCAGCGGUCUGUAGGGCAGUAGGGAGACCCGGCAUUGGUGAGGAGACGACAGGGCCUUGGAAAACCGAUCCACAACGACCAAAAUGGUGGUAUUCCCCUGGGCGGGGGGGGUAGGUCGGUCACCAAAAUCCACCGAGAGGUGGGACCAUGGUCGUUGUGGAACGGGCAGGGGAUGGUAACUUACCCCUGGGCAAAUGUCUAGGCGCCUUACACUGGGCGCACACCGAGCAGGAGGAGACAUAAACCCUCCCAGCAUCCCUAGCUAACGUUGGCCACCAGUAUUUCACGCUAAGGCAGUGCACUGUCCGGCCAAUACCUGGAUGUCCAGAGGAGGGUGAUGUAUGAGCCCAAUAAAUCAGACGAUCACGAAACCCUCGAGCGGAACGUACGUCCGCCCCACAGGACACUCGUGGGGAGUAGGGUCGGUACGCAGUGCCGCUCAAUUUCCGCAUCGACCUCCCACACCACCGGAGCCACCAGACAAGACUCCGGCAGUAUGGAAGUAGGCUCAAUGGACCUCUCCUCUGUGUCAUACCGCCGGGACAGGGCGUCUGCCUUACCGUUCUGGGACCCUGGGAUGUAUGUGAUCUUAAAAAACAAACAGGUCAGGAACAUGUUCCACCUAGCCUGACGAGGUUCAAUCUCCUAGCUGCCCGGAUGUACUCCAGGUUACGGUGAUCAGUCAGAAUGAGGGGAAAGGGUGUUGAGCCCCCUCAAGCCAAUGCCUUCCACACCUUUAGGGCUCUGGACUACAGCUAACAGCUCCUUGUCCCCAACGUCAUAAUUACGCUCCGCCGAGUGAGCUUCUGGGAGUAUAGAUAGAACGCACGGGUCGGGAGGAGCUUAGUGUGGCGUGCAGGACCGUUGCGACAGGAACUGCCCAAAUGCGGCCUCGGGACGCGUUCUACCUCUACGUGGAAUGGGAAGCGGGAUCCGGAUCUGCGCCCCGCCAGCACCGGGCGAGGUGAACAGGUUCUUCAAGUUUGACAAAUGCCCUGUACCGCCUCAGCUUUUGACACGGCAAACGAACCGGACCCCCCUUUAGCAGGGGACCGUAAUGGGGAGCUGCAACCCGUCCAAAGCCCCGGAUAAACCUACGGUACAGUAAUUAGCAAAACCCAAGAACUGCCUGCAUCACAUCUUUUACAGUGGUUGGAGUUUGGCCAAUUACGCUACGGCCGGACCACGUUCUACCGAUAUCUCCACACCAGACGCGGACAACCGAGAACCCAAAAAGGGAUGACGUCUGGAAAAAAGACAGGCAUUUCUCUGCACUUGACAUACAAGUAUGCUCCAACAGUCUUCUCAAAAACUGGCGCACCAGGGCACAUGCCGGCUCGUGUAGAAGAGUACCUAGGUGUCGUCGAUGUAUACUACACACCUGCCCAUGUAUGUCCCGGCAAAAAUCUCGUCAACAAAGAUAGGACAUUGGAAGAAUGAAGGAGCAUUCAUUAACCCGUUAUAUGGCAUGACGCGAUAUCAUCGUUAAGACCCGGAGGGGUGGUUGCUAAAUGCUGUCUUCCAUUUCAUCCCCCUCCCUAAUUGCGAACAGAUUGUACGCGCUCCUGAGUCCAACUUUGUGAAGAACCGCGCUCCGCGUAAUGAUUCUUGUCAUAGUGCAAUCAGUGGAGAAAGAGGGUAAAACUGUACUUCCCGUGAUUGAUUGAGAUACAGGUAGUCAAUUACACGGGCGCAAACCCCCGUCCUUCUUCUUCACAAAGAAGAACCUCAAGGAAACCGGGGAAGGGGACGAGGGGGGGAAGUGGGGGAGUGGGGAAGUGGAGGACCGUGUAUGUAUCCCUGUGCCAGGAUCGGCUAUGUAAGUUCCCAUAGCCGCUGUCCUCCUCUUGAGAACAGGGGAUACCACACGGCUCCGCGGAAGGGCCGAUCCUGUUUGGAGGAUUUAGAUUUAUCGCACAAUCCCCCUGUCUAUGAGGUGGUGGUAUAGCAGUUGUUGCCCUCGUUUUGCUGACCACAAGUGCAAAAUCUCCAUACUCUAGGGGGAAUGCGCAUUUGACGGGCCACUUGUUCGGACUCUAUACCGAGGUCGCCCCUAAGAAACACCUAGGACAUCUCCCGUACCAUGGGCAGACCACUCAUAAGAGCCCUCUGUUGACACGCAAUGUAGUAUUCAUGGGCGCUUAACCAGGGAAGCCCCAGACCACGGGAGGAUAAGCAAGGAGAGUCAAUCAGAUAAAAACUGAAUGAUCUCCUCAUGACCCCCCUGCGUACGUCAUUUAGUGGUGCUGUGACUUCUCUGAUCAGCCCGACCCAAACGGCCGGUUGUCUAGGGAGUGGUGAAGGGGGGAAACAGGAAAAAGGGGGCCUAUCUACCGGCCCUAAGGGAAUUCUAACUAUAACAAAAUGCACAACCACAAUCAACAAAAUUCCCAGCUGAGCCUGAUCUACUAGCGGCCUUAUGCUGGGAAAGGAGGUGCCCACCUGUGGAAAUCUCACAGGUAUACUCAGGUGGCCAAAGAGAGCUCUGGGUUGGUAAGUGGGGCGCCUACUCCCUGAAAUGACUUCCCCAGUGCCUUCCCUGGGAAAUGUGGGUAAAAUCUACAAACGGAGAACAUAACAACAGCACCCAUGGCCGAGGAUCUGGGUCCUCCACGGCCCCAGUUGGUGCAGGGGAUGGCACCCACUCGGGUUUCUCUCCUCCUCUCUCUAGCGCAGCACCCACGAGCUCAUGGGAAUCGGCUCGGAGGUGAUGGGAGGGUGGAUGGAAGGCGGACCCCCAAACUCGGGACGUCCGCGGGUAGCCAGCAGGGGGGUCGAGCGGAUGGAGAUGUCACCAACUGGUCGAAGGAUAGGUUGGUUGUCCCUGCAGGCCAGUUCACGACGAACGUCCUCUCGUAGGCUUACACCGGUAAUGGUCGAUGAGGGCCCUCUCAUUCAGAGUCCGGAAUCCCAGGCGAACUCCGGUGCGCUCCUCUCCCUGUCGGCGGUGGAACAGACGCUCCCCCGCCGCCUUCCCCUCAGGUGGUUGAUUCGAAGACAAGCCUGAGCGGCGGAGGAGGAGAGAACUCCGCGUGGUGAUGGUUUUCGCGGCGGUCUAUUCAACCUCCAUUCGGCGUUGGACACUCCAACGCCUUGCCGGGAUAGACAGGAGAUGAGGGCGGAGACGCUCUCGUUUUAUCACGAGGGCGUCUGGGUGUAUGGUAGCCAGGUAGAGUUCCACCUGCAGGAGGAACCCUGACACACGGCUGCAGAACCGUCAUAUGCCCUCGGGAGAGAAGAGCCGUAUGCCACUGGGUUACGGUGAUGAGAGAGGAGGACUGGCCGUUGGUGAUGGGAUGAGUGUGCGAAGGCGUGGGCCACUCUCCAGUAACCAACAGGCCGCCAGCCAGGCAGAGUGUUGGACACCUCGUUCAGUGGCGGCCCAAAGUUGCCGGACAUGGUGUCUGGCGCUGAUCCGAUCCUCCAGCGACUUGGUUGCCGCACCAUGCUCAUGCGACUCCAUAAGGGGGUGUUGUUCUGUCAAGGCUGAGGUCCCCGUUAUGAUGUGUGGAAGGCAGGCGAAGAGACACCGAAGCUUAGUCCAACAAAGUAUACUGUGAAAAACCACCAGCAAGGAUACACGUAAAACGGCCUCAACAAAAAACAGAGGUGAGCAUACGCAACUAUGCGUUAUAACAAAUAAACAAACAAAAAAGAUACAAAAACACGCAGCAUACGGACAGGCGAAAAAAACAAACACCACAAUUACCCAAUGCAAAACAGGGAACUAUAGGGACCCCCGUAAUCAGAACACAACGGACACAGGUGUAAAAGAAGCCAAAGCAAUCACACAAAAGAAAAAUUCACGGUGGCAGCUACUAUCCGGGACGGCGAACGACGAAGCCCUGCCCGAACCAGGGAGGGAGAGCGAGUCCGGCAGAGACAGAAUCAGGACAAAGGUAGUCAAAAGAUGAACAUUGAUUAGCUUAAAGAACAUGAGAGCUGGUUAGUUGAUCCUUCCUCACCUGUCUGUUUGCCAGUACAGCCAGAAGAGGACUGGCCACCCCUCUGAGCCUGGUUCCUCUCUAGGUUUCUUCCUAGUUUCCUUCCUUCGAGGGAGUUUAUCCUGGCCACCUGUGCUUCUGCGUGCUUGUUUUGAGGUUUUUAUGCCGGGUGUCUGUAAACGACUUUGUGACAACUGCUCAUGGGGGAAAAAGGGGAGCUUUCUAAAUACAUUGAUUGAUUGUCCUCCAGGCCUGGGCUCGGAGGAGGGCCCAGGCCGUUGUUCAACAUGA